UUCUAAAAAUUAUUUUCGGAUUUAUCGAGUAUUCCAUUGCAAACUUUGAAAAAAUGCUAUUAUUACGUAUAUAUGUGUCUUAUUAUGCUGUAAUAUUAAUGUUAUUAAUUAUAAACAUUGUCAAAUAACAAUUUGUAAUGAGCGUUUAAUCGUGACAACCUCGCAAUGCAAGUAGUUUGUUUUUUGAUCGUUGGUAACAGUGUCAAGUGUUAUGAUUUGCAUUUAUGUGGUUAAAAAUAAUGAAAAUUUGUCAUUUUUGGUACCUUUGGCGCCAUCUCUUGGUUCUAUGUACCACUAAACAGCUGUCACAUGUGAGUUUUUAUAUGCAGUGUUGCCACGUUUUCUCUGUUUGUCUGUCAUAAAAUUAGUUUUCUUCCAGAAACUAAUUAAUUACUUUUAAACUAAUUAGUGAAUAAAAAAGAACCUUUGUGAUUAAUAAAGCUUAAAUCUUGAUCUUCAAGAUACAAUUUUUACAAAAAAUUCUGAAUGUUUUAAGUAUUAAAUUUUUAAUGAUAAACAUGCAAAUUCGUGCUUUCCCCAUAAGAGAUUGAGUUUACAAGUCAAUAGAUGAAUCUUCCGUGUUGUACAUUUUAGAAGCGGUAAUUUAUUUUGGAGAAUCUACAAUUGCAAGAUGAUUGGGUAAUCAACGAAAGAAUUUUAUAUUACGUAUUGUAAUUUUUUUUUAUCAUUGCGUGAAAUAUUAACAGAAUGACGUCGAACGAUGAAAAUGAUGAUUCCUGCAGUGAAAGUUAUUUUUAUGAUUACAGUGACGAAUAUGAGGAUUUUGAGAAUUACUAUAAUACUGACGAUUACACACCUAUUUUUCUUGCCGUUCACAAUGGUGAUUUGAAUGGUGUUCGUACUCUGCUAAAUGAAAAUAAUUUAGAAGAUAGUGUGCACAACAAAAGAAUGUUGCAUGUGGCAGCAGCACGAGGUCACCUGCAGAUUGUCGAUUUGUUGAUAAAAAAUGGAGCAGAAAUUAAUGUCGUGGAUUUCAAGGGAAGAACACCUUUUUAUGUAGCUUUACAGCAAAAUAAAGUCGAUGUAGCCGAGUUUCUUUUGGAGAAUGGAGCACGUAUUGAUAUUCCAAGAACAGACGGAGAAACAACACUUCACGUCGCGAUAAAAACGCAGAACAUUCAAAUUGUCGAGAGACUUUUGAAACAAGGAACUAUGGUGAAUGUACUAGAUGAUAUGACUCGCUUGAAACCAAUUGAUCUUGCUGCCAGUCUUAAUAAUAUCCGACUUGUUGAACUGCUUCUGAAGUACGGCGCCAAGAUGGAUGAAAUUGAUGAGUUUCGGGAAGAACAAAAAGAUGUCCAUAAAAGAAUGACUGCCCUUCAUUUUGCCGCUAAACGUGGUAAUUUAGAAAUGGUCAAAUUAUUAAUGUCUAAUGGUUUUGACAAAAUUGAUGUGAAAAAUUUAACAGACAAAACACCCCUAGGUGUGGCAGUAAGCAAACAUCGUUUAGGUAUAGUGAAAUAUUUGUUUGAAAGUGGAUCAAUAAUAAAUGAGGAUAUUCCCCUCAUCGGCCUCUGUAAAACUGAUGAACAUAUAAAUGUCUUGAAAUUUCUACUUGAUCACGGUGUAAAACUUGUUACGGAUCAUACAGAGACUCCACUUUAUUUGGCAUUAGACAGGCAAGAGUAUGAACUUUGGAAGUACCUAAUAACCUGCUAUUCGAAAAUUGAUGCUGUAUUGUGCUCCAAGGAGACUGAACUUCAUUCCGCUGUGCGAGCCAACAACAUUGAAAACGUACAAGAAAUUCUCAAAAAUAUGAAAGUAAAUUCUUUAUCAGGUGAAUUGGGACAAUUCGCAGUUUACAUCGCCGUUGAAAACGGGAACGAGGAAAUGUUAACGAUUCUCCUAGAAGCAGGCUGUUCAGUUGAAAGUUGUUUUAGGGACAAAUUAUCUCCUCUUCAUAUUGCAGCCACAUUCGAACACACACGUUUGGUGGAAAUUCUUCUGAAGUACGGUGCGAGGAUUAAUUCAGAAACAAGAGCUCUCCAUCGCCCAUUGGAUUUUGCAGCAGUUAUGGAAAAUUUAAAUAUGAUUAAAUAUCUCGUGGCCUCUGGUGCUAGGUUCUCUAAAAGAAGUGAGAUUCCAUCACUGACACAUGUACUAAGCAAGAGGAAAACAAUUACACCUUCAAUGUUUCAAAAUAUAAUAAAAAUAACAGAGUUGUUAUUAAUUGCCGGAGAUCUCGAUCAUAAAUCAAUGUUCGUCGUUGAAACAUUAUUGAAAAGUGUCAUGAAUUUAAAAGUUUCUCGAAAGGAUGGAGAAAGUUCGAUCACUGACAAUGAAUAUAACCUGAAUAUCGAGAAAAAUAGAAAUAAGGAAUUUCGUUCUGAAAUUAUUAGAUGCUUGUUUAAUUAUUUGGACAACAAAUUACUUCAAGAUGUUAUAAAUUUAUACUUAAGUCAUUGGUACAAUAAUGCAAGUAUUCUUGAAAUUAUUAUCGACUACUACGAUUCUAAAUUUCUCCCAGAAGAAUUUUAUUUCUCUGGAAAUAAUUGGAAUGAUUCAUUUAUAAUCAAUGAAAUAGAUGACGUUCUAAAACUUCUUGACAUUUUAGCAAUGCAGGACGAGGAAAGUUUGUAUGCCUUAGGAAAGAAUGGCUUAGAAGUAUUGAAAUUGAUAACUGCUCGUCUAGAAUUGUUUCCACCUGGUGCCCAGGCACUAAAUGAAUAUUUUCUUUUAAAAGAAGAUACAUCAGAGUUUGGUAAACUUCACCAUGAUUGUUAUCAGCAGAUAAUAAGUAUGCAAAGAACAAAUGUUAUCGAUGAAGUAAAUUUGACUAUUUACGAUAUUCUCGUUAAGUCUAGUGAUAAAUUAGUCAAUUGCAUAAAAGAUAAAAGAAUAUUAAAUACCAUCGAAUUAUCGUAUGAUAAAUUUCCCACGUAUGCAAAAUUUUUAAAGUUACGUAUUGAGAAAGCAAAGCGGAAAAUUGAUUUGAUGGACAUGUCCAUGAAUUGUUUGUUUUAUUAUAUUAAACGAAAUUUUAAAAUUCAAUUGUCAUUAUUUGAUAUUGCUGAAAUUUUGCAAUAUCUUUCAAUGAGCGAUCUUCGAAAAUUAUCAUCAGCAUUUUCUUAAUUUUCACACUAUAAAAAAAGUGAUAAAUCAACGAUGAACCAAAGAAUAUGCAGUUGCACUAUAAUAUUAUGUCUCACACUGUUAGCUUUUACAUUUUUUACUUAAAUUAGACUAAAAAGUUUUUAAAAAAUACUUCUUGUUGUCAAUUUGUUGCAUCUUUUGCAACGAUUUUAGUUCUUCUAUUUUUGUACACUUUCCAUUAUAUUUUGUGUACUUACUUGUAUAUAUGAGAUAUUAAAACAUUGUUUUAGAAUUAAAAAUUUUUGAUUAUUUUUUCUUGAGGGCAUCCGUGAAAUAUCUUCGCCAAAAAGUGGUUUGUUGAAAGUCUUUUCAUUUGUAAAUGAGACAUCGGGCUGGUAAAAGGUCAAUAGAGACACUUUAAGAGUAAAAUAUUGACUUUUGCAUUACUUGAUAAUAUUAAAUUUUUCCAAAAAAUGAUCCGACGAAAAUUAAGGAAAGAUUGGCAAUUUUG